UUCUCGGGUCUAGGGGUCAAUUCUUCAUUCGUAAAAAUGUAAACAGUUUGUCCAAGCAGUAGCACAGUACUUUUAUUAUACUAUACAUAGGCCUACUAUUUUAAAAAUAGCGCCUUAGCGGUGUGGGCCUACGUGACUCCGUGUACACGAUGCAGGCUCAUUCAUGGUGGAAGUUAUGCUGGUGUGUGGUCACAUCGGUCGUGAGCAGUAAGAAGGGCCGGGAGUUCACCGGGUCUGAAUUUUACGUUUUGGAUAACAUUGGAGUCGUUUGGAUGACUGCUGAGCACAAUGGAGAUACCACAUCAAUCUAGUGAGAGGACGUCCUCCUUGCCAAAAAUGGCACAUGCCAUCCCUGCCAUUUCUCAGUCGGAAAAGUACGCCCUGGCAUUUCAGCUGGUGAGACAGCUGAUUGAGGUACAACCAGUGAUGUUUGAGAAGAGAAUCGCAGUGCUGCGCAGCAUCAAGGAGGCCUGGCAGAAGAACAAAAUGGUUGUCAUAGUAACAGAUGAGGAAAGUGCUGCAAGUUGCAAAGCUGUUGGAGCAUGGCUUCCUCUCAACACUACCAUCAAGCAAGAAUCACACCAGCCUGAUGAAAUCCACAUGCUCAGAAUUGGUAGCGAGUUGGACAAAUGCAGGCUCUUUGAUAAGAUAGGAAAUUACAGAGCCUUAGUGAGGGUCAAGAAAAUCAACCCAUCAGAAAUUACAGGCCUUCAGUGUUCACCAGAGGAAGGGGCUAAAAUGAAUCCCUCAUCAUGGCAGGGGAAGGGUACUGCAGUUGAGGAAGGUCAUUUUCAGACUGGAAGUUUAUUUGAGGAUGACACAACUGAUGAAGGAGAUGUCACCCUGGACACCUGUCGGGACGAUAGGAAAAGAGGCGGUCACAGUGAUACUGAGGAAACCAUGGAAGGCACUGGUACCAGUAGAAUUUUAAGAUCCAGUAAAUCCAGACGCAGUGGUAGCAGUGAGCCAGCGACCUUUGAUUGCAGUAGGUGCAAGCGAGCUUUUCACUUUGGGGAGUUUUCCGCCGACCGGCCUUUCCAAUGCCCACACUGUCAGCAGAGGGCAAGCCGAACUCAGACGGAAAUUUGGACUCCCCCACCAACUCUGGGAAAUGCAGCUGAUUUGCCCAGCACUGUGGCCUUGACAAAGUCAGACAGGCCAUUUCCAUGUUCAAAGUGCCCCAAAAUAUUCCAGCAGAGGGACAAUUUGACAGAGCACAUCAGAAGCCACAACAGAGAUAAAUAUAGGCCUUGCCGUUGCUUCAUGUGUGGCAAAAAAUUUUUCACCCCCAGUACUCUGAAGUCACACAUCCAAAAGUUCCAUCGGAGAAAGCUCACCCCCAAAACCAGUGUUAUGUCUGCACAGCCCCUCAGACAUGUCAGGAAAAACUUGAUCUCAACCAAAAACACACCCAUGUCUGAAAUGGUCCAGAUGUCUGAAGCAGGUGUUGCAAAAGAGAGUGAAACAGACCAUCAUCACCCCUGCAGCUCAAAGACACCGGAGACAAUUCCACGUUCCAAGCAGUUUUUUCUUCAGAAAGAGCAUAAUGAUGCCAACAGUCCAGCUGGUCACUCCAAAUCGGAUGAGAGCCAGCACGCACCUGUAAUGAAAGACAUCCACAAAAAGUACAUGUACAAACGACUCCAUGUAAGCAAGACAAUCCAAACUGGCUUCCAGUGCAAGUUGUGUCGCCGAGUUCUGUGGACUUUUCAAAGUUUAAAGACCCAUCAUCAAGCAUGUCAUAAAUGCACCAUAUGCUCCAAGGUUGUGUCCAACAUCGGUAAACACAUGCACAGUCACAGUAACAAGAGACCUUUUCAUUGCCCUGAGUGUUCGAUGCGGUUCAAGCAGCCGGCAAACCUCAGAAGGCACUGGGUCACUGUCCAUCAUAAAAACUUGUUCAAAUGCCAUCACUGCGUCAGGGUCUUUCUACAUCUUGGUGCUUUGAGACAGCAUGAGAAGCAUUCCCAUCUGGGGAUGGAACAAAGAAGCAGCGAGGAGGACCCUUCAGAAGCAGCCGCAAUGAACGCUAGUCAUCGGUGUCCAUACUGCCCCAAGACCUUCACCCUGAAAAGGAGGCUGGUGGAUCACAUCGCCGCACACACCAAUAACAGAGUGUGGGUCUGUAAAUUCUGUGACAAGCCAUUUAGGUUCAGGGCCACGAUGAAAAAGCAUGAGAGAACUCAUAGUGAAUUUACAGCUUUAAACAGUUGUGCCGAGAGCAAUGUCUUCUCAACUAACACUGCAAAGGGAAAAUUCUCUGAAAAGUCACCACAACGAUUGGAUAAGGGAUUGGCUAUCAUGAAGUCACAUGUGCCAAGCCAUGGUUGUGUUGAUACCGGUACAGCUGCUCCAGUCUCCGUUGCUUCAUACGGAAGCCGUUCCUCUGGGACCGGACUGGAGCUUUGCUGUCGAGUCUGUGGAAUGUAUCUUUCCUCCCGUUUUCGUCUCGAGAAACACGAGAAGCUCCACACCACGAAGCAGUCCCUCUCCUGUCAUAUCUGCAGAACGCUGUAUUUUUCCAAUGGGCACGUGAUGUCAGAUCUUUGCAAACACAUGAGACCAAAAUUCGAGAGGCCCAGGAAGAAAGCCAGGACAGCGGAAAACAACUUCCUAGUAGCCUAGUGGAGCAUGAGAGAGUUCACUCAAGAGAUGAGAGACCAUUUUGAUGUAACAUUUGCUACGCUUUUUUCCCAACAAAAUCUGCCUGGUAGAGUCAUCAGACUGAUGAACAUACAUGUAGAUCACAUUCUGGAAACAGGACCACUGAAGUAACUUUUAGCCGAGGCCCGUAAAUGUAUGUUGCUGAAACGUUGAGCUCUCUUCAUGCAGUAGGUUUGAUUGAAAGCCUUUAGGAUAAUGUGCCUGAUACUACCCAUGUCAGGGAAUCUGCAUGCAUCAGCCAUAUCCUUGAAUUAUGCCAGACAAGUCCCAUGCUCUGCAUCAAGGUCUUAAACACAUCUAUGUAGCCAUAAUGACACCGAGCUUAAGGUCAGCCUUACCAAUACACAUCACCUUACGGGUGAAGAUGCCAGUCGCAUGCUGCAGCCAUAUUGCGGAACCAUCUGGCUCAAAUAUAUGCACCCUCUUAUCAAAGGGUUCACACAGUGCAUUUGUUCCUUUAAGUACAUGUACACUUUUGUGUCUUGCAUGCUCCUUCUUUCUUUCCUAUAUAUUUUGCUGGCCUCAUGCAACUCUGCUUGAUAGAGGGAUUUCACAUUAGGGCCGUCUGCGCAUAACCGACACAGUACAUGUACAUUUAGUGUCUGGUUCGUAAGUGUGAUGUCACUUCAGUUUAAACCGCGCCCAGUGCACAUGCCGAUGCACGACCAUCGCAGGCAUGUUGUUUCGCGGUAAAUCAUCGUUAUUUUUUUAUUUCACGUGUCAAGUCAUCCUGAAAGACUCUUCCACAAAUCUUUGCAGCCUGAAAAGUCUGAAUUCACCAUACAUGUACAUGUAUUUGACUUAACUCCGUGGUUUCAAUCAUCUGAUCUUAUUAAGAAUGGAAGCCGACACAUAGAUGUACAUGUACAGCCUCGUUUUCAAAUGUGGAAGUACGCAGAUCAAUGCGUAUUGGGAUCCCUCUAUUGAGUCGUGUAAGUGCAUGGCAAUCAACAAGCUAGUGUCAAAAUUAGGCACGUUUCUUUCAAACGCUGCUUUUAUUUUAAUCAGCUGAUUAAAUUGGAGUCAGCAAAUCUUGAAAAUGGACACACAGAAUGAUCAAUAUGCCUUGGCUUUGAUAUUUGAGUUCCGGAAAAACAAUGUAAAUUUUAAGUUGGAAACAAUUUCACAUUUUAAGCAUACCAGUAGGGUCGCAUCAAAAGAUUUUCAAACGCAAUUUGCUGAAAAUAACCCUUGUCCCAGUUUGUAUGUCAUGUAAUUGUACAUUUACAAUUCUUCCUUGUUUUGACAUAAUUGUACCACAUCGCCAUUGUUUUCAAUGAGAAAAUUUUGGUUUUCAUGAUUUUAAUUGAAAUAUCUGUAACAUGAAAUGUGUUUUCCCCUGAUUUGGUAUCACAGCGCCAGGAGAACUUUGUGUAUAAAUAUUCAUGAAUCAUGUUGAUCAAGAUAGAUAUAAAUAUUCAUGAAUUGUGUUGAUCAAGAUAGUUAUAAAUAUUCAUGAAUCAUGUUGAUCAAGAUAGAUAUAAAUAUUCAUGAAUCGUGUUGAUCAAGAUAGUUCCCACCAUGUGCUGUCCGUAAACAUCGUAUAGAUUUCAAGAACUGAUGACAUUUUCCUUGCUUCUUAAGCAUAUCUGAUGACUUCAAAAAAGUUAGCAUCCUAUUGUCGGGUUCAACAACAAUUUUCAUGUAUUGUAGCUACAUAUACUGUACAUGUAUAGUGUUAGUAUUUUUAUACAGUGUACAGAAUGGUAAUAUUUUUUAAUUAAAAAUUGUGAAUUUGCAAUAUUCUGACAUAGUUUAGGCACGACAACAAUCGUGUAUUUUUUUAAUAUUUCUUCUUUAAACUGACUCAUGCUUCAGGUUCAAGCAGAUGGCAUUAAAUCUCCUUCUGCUAAUCUUCGGAUGCCUUUGUUUUCACACCAAAGUUGCUUACUAUACAUGGUCAAAUAUGUGUCGAACUAAAGAGAUAUUCUGCAUUAUUUGUGUGAUUGCUUAGAUGUCAUCUGAUAACAUCAAAUGUUUUCAAUUUUAACCAGAAACUUAAAAGCCGGUUGGCAGUAAUUGUAUUAGUGUUGAAGCUGCUGAAACAUGCACACUGUGUGCAGACUAGAGCUGGGAAAAAGCUGAAGCAGAAGGAAAUGGUGGUCGUGUUUGCUGCCACCAAGUGUUUUUGCAGUCUUGUACAGUCCAUAAUCUAAACUACCUCACUGAGAUCUGUAUUCUACUUGUUGAGAUCCUAACAUUUGUUUUAAGAGGGCAGUACGGGAAAAAUGUUGAGUAUAUCUACAUUGUGAGAUAAUUCUGAGAUGGUGAUAUUCUGAAGUGGUUUACAAGCGGUUCACAAACAUUUCUUUACUGGGUUUGCCAAGCUAUUUAACAAGGAUAUUGUCCUAGUAUCUCGAUGGAUUAAUUUCAGAAUGUAGAUUACCUACUGCCAGGAGUCCAGAGAGCACAGUUAUUUCAGAAUAUUGGUCAUUUCAAGAUGAUCGUAAAUUUUUUCCAAAUUGCCAUUUUUGUAAGUAAUAAAUCCCAUUAUAGUCAUCCUUUCAUCAUUCUGAGGCAACAGGGAUCUCAGCAGUGUGUAAGAAUUUUAAAGAACAUUAGUUGUUCUAAAUUCUAAAACGAUGUAUCAUUAGGUCUUCCGUAUAAUUCCUCCGUACGUUUUUAAGCAGCGUACAUGAAAUUUGCCUGUAUUUUUUAUACUGGGUGAUAAGCAGGUUAUAGUUGUUUCAUGAUAGUACAUGAACUUCAUUUCUAAUUAGUUUUGCUAUUUUUUAAAGGGUCUUAGUACUUUUAAGGGUUUUGUGAUUAUGGCAGUUUACACCUUCUUGAGCACAAUGUUGAUAUUCUGGGUAAAAACUGCAAUAUUUUUAAUACAUAUGCUGUGCUCAGACAGUACUAGUAGAUUUUAAUAAUUAUAUCCCUAGAUGUUUUAUCUCAUCUUCCUCGUUGAUUUUCCGUUGUUUGAGUACAUGUUCAACCCUUGCUGUGAAAUGUUUUCAGUGGGUUUGCAAUUAAAACAAAAA